AAGCAUUAGUCGCAUGGCAACAGCCCACUGACCAGCACCCUCACAUUAUCGCCCUCGGGCGUGCUGCUGUAACCGUGUACUCGGCUGCUGGUAUCUAGUCCAAAAAUAACAGUUCCAAUGGAGAGUAGCACAGUGGUACAAGUAAGACUCCCCCAAGCCUAUGGUCAAAGGAUGCUUUUUACAGGUCCAGAUGGAAUUGGAGACUACAAGGCAAGAUUGAUCGACUUUCCCCGUUACAUUGGCGUUGGCCCUUUGUCACCUGAGGGUACAAGCGAUUUGAAUUACCUGUGCCGGCCUGCUCCCUGCGCCCCACCCCCAAUGCCCAAACAGUGUUGCAUUGGAGGGGUGGGAUGGGGCAUGGAAUAUCACCAGCUGUUGAACAGUAGGACGCUGCUCAGCAAUAUGCAAAUUAAGAGAGCUGAAUUCCGCUCAGCCCUUGAGGACAGAGUCACCCACAGAUAUCAAAACCCAUGGCAAGCACCGCCCCACUUUCUAGAUAAGCAAUCUGUUGGAGCCCGCAGCAAACUCGCAUGGACACACAAGUACGACUGUUAUAUCCAAGAUAACAACAAACAGUUCCUUCUCAACAGGAGAUUAACUCAUUCAGAGAAACGCUGAAGGUGCUUCACAAUUAGUUCCUUGAAAUAGUUUGGGUGAAGAACGGAUGAGGAUACAAUCAGCUGUGUUGUCCUGAAGACCUGACCAAUUGUCUGAAUAAAUAUCACCUUUUCACCUA